AUGUACAAAUCACAGUUUCUAUUAUUAGUUGCUGCUUGUUUGUUAUUCUAUAGCAGUAGUAGUGUGAUUGCUCAAACACAACCUUCAUCAUACACUCUUUCAAGUCUUUCAUUUGACUAUAACCAAACUAUUACAGCAACUGGGUAUUUUGGAGAUGAAUCAUCAUUGGUUUCAAUAUUGGUAGAUCAAUAUGCUGGUUGCCAAGUAACUCAAUUUACAAGUACCAGUCUCAACUGUACCACUAGUCAUGUGAUCAACCCACACCAUCAUCAAUCAGAUGAUGGUAACAAAACUGUCACCGUCAUCAUUAAAGUAGGUGAUACUAUAUUGAAUGGUACACUCUUCCUUGACGACAAUGACAAUAAUAAUAAUAAUAAUAAUAAUACUGAUUAUUAUUAUAUCUCAAAUGUUGCUUAUAAUAAUCGUGACCUCUCGAUCAUUCUAAGUGGUCAUUUUGACGACACUGAUUAUGAUACGGUUAAUAGUACCUUAGUAACUGUUGAAACCAUUGACCUCAGAGUUGAAUGUAAUGUCACUGCAAUCAAUACUACAUCUAUCUAUUGUCAAUUACUUGGUAAUUAUCGACAAAGAAUAUUGCAACCCAACACGACCUAUGAUAUCUCUGUCAUGGGUAAACUAUUCAAUUUAACAUCUACCCUUUUGUUUAAUUACAAUAUUUCAAGUUUAACAUUUGAUGCAGAUAUACAAACCAUUUCAGCAACUGGAUACUUUGGAGAAUAUGGAGGGUUUAUUUCAGUUUAUGAUGAUCAAAAAACUUCAUGUAGAAUCACAAAGUUUAAUAGUUCAAAUCUAAAUUUUAUCAUUCAUCCAAAUGAACCUGGUAUAAUGACCAUUAGUAUUAGUAUCAAUAGCGCUACUUUAAUCGCUUCACUUGAAAUCAAGAAUACAACCAAUUUUUAUAUUGCCAGUGCUCGGUACAACAACAUGACCAACUCUAUCAAUAUCACUGGUCAAUUUCCCAACUACUCCUACUACUAUUCCUAUGCUGACUACUACACCUACUUUGGUGGAGCCAUAUAUGUCUUUGUGACUGUUGAUUAUACCGACUAUCCCCUUACCAAUGGUGAAAAACUUCCAAUCCAACUAUUUAUGUAUCCAUGCCAUAUUAGUGCCUUCACUAACCAAUCGGUUGAUUGCGAAUUUAAAUCACAUCUACGACCCUAUAAUGCAACCUAUCCAUUAUCCAUCCAUCUCUACAGCGGUACCGAUCGGUCCUAUGUUACCGUUUUAAACUCUACUAUUGAUAUUACACCUCAUUACUAUCAUUUAUAUUCAGAAUUUGAUAAUGUAAAAGCAGAGAUUAAUUCUAUUGGAUACUUUGGAUUUGAUCCAACAGUGGUUUCAGUUUUAGUUGGAAAUGAUAACACUCCAUGUUCAAUCAUCGAUUUCAAUAGCACGAAUAUUAAAUGUACCCUAUUACCACGUCCAACUGGUAUCCGUCUCACAAAUAUCACUAUCAGAGUCAAUGAUAUUGUUUUAAAAGAGUCGUUACCUGUCAAUGAAACAUAUAUCGUUUACAUUGACUAUUAUGUCACUUCUACUAUUUAUAUCACACCAAAAGUAUAUGCAUUGACAAGGGUAUCAUUUGAUGAUGCUCAAAUAAUCAAUGCUCGUGGAUUCUUUGGAAAUGAUUCAUCAAAGGUUUCAAUUUGGAUUGAUGAAUACACUCCAUGUCCAAUUGUCAGCUUUUCUGAUACCAAUAUCAAUUGUAUCAUCAAUCCACGUCCAACAUCGAGUGAAUUAAACAUAGCUAUUAGAAUUAAUGACAACAUGAAUGACACUACUACUACUACUAUUUUAAAUGGUACAGUAUUUAUUGACAAUACCAACUAUCAUAUCUCUCGGGUUGUAUACAAUGACACUCAAAAUACACUCAAGAUAUUUGGUCAUCUUGCCAACACGACUGUUGAAAACACUACCAUCCAAAUCAAACCGAGUCCGUCGUGGUCCGAUUAUACUUAUAGUUGUAUAGUCACUGCUGUCAACACUGGAUUCGUAGAUUGCCGAUUAAGUGAGUAUUCUCCAUCCCGGUAUCCCUGUAAUGUCUCCAUCUCAAGUUCCUCCUUUAAUAAUGAUCUAAAGUCUAUUACCACAUUGAGUACAAACGAUCGCUAUUACUAUUAUACUUUCUUUGCUACUCCAAUGAGACUUCGAAUCGAUGGAAAUUUUGGUGAGAGUCCUUCUGAUGCGGCCAAUGUCAGCGUUGAAUUGGUUCUUUUCAGAAAAAGUGGCAUUUCUUAUAUUGAUUGUCCAAUCUAUUACUUUUCACCAAACUAUUUGUUAUGUUCUCGUCCCGUCAACAUCCCUCUAAUUAACUAUGAAGACUACCUAGUCAACACCAUAGUCAACAACAUUAUCAUCAAUAGUUAUGUAGAUAUGUAUCGACCUUACAGUGGAUUGAGUUAA